AUGGGCCAGAGCGCCUCCAGCGACACGUCGACCCCGCCGCCUCCGGCGGCGACGAAACCCGCGCCGCGCGCAUGCGCGAAGCCGGCGGAUCCCGCGCGCAUCGCCGCGCUGCUCAUCGAGUUCCUGCCCGCGCCGCGCGACGACGACGACGACGACGACGGCGCGGAGACCGAAGAUUACGCCAGCGACGACGACGACUCGCUCGACGACAUCGUCGAGCGAGUCGACGACCGGAGCGCCAAGCGCCAGAAGCGCCCGGCGACGCGGUCCCGGGGGACCGCGCCGGAGCGCAAGCCGGCCGAGUGCGUCGCGGCGCUCGCGGCGGCCUCGAAGGCGACGCGCGCGAUGAUCGGGCCCGGCGUGGUCGCCUGGGGCGUCGCGCGGCUCGAGGCGUCGCUCGGCGCCUUCGAGACGGGCUACGCGGACGUCGGCGGCGAGCGCGUGCACCGCGGGCCGGCGAUCGAGUUCGCGGCGCGCGCGCUCGCGAGCGCGUCGUCGCUCCGCGCGCCGACGCUGGCCAAGGGCGCCGGCCUCGCGCGCGCCGUCGCCGCGGCCGUCGGCGACGGCACCUGCGGGCCGUGCCAGCUCCGCGCGUGCCGCCUCGCCGCGGAGCUCUUCCGCGAGGGCGACAUCAUGCCGCGGCUCUGGAACGUCGCGCGCCCGGGCGCGCCGUCGCCGCGGCCGCGGACGGACGCGGCCGAGGCCGCGGACGCGCUCGCCUACGAGCUCGGCGGGCUCCUGGCGGCGGAGGCGCGCGGCGACGCGCUCAAUGCUCCCUGGGCGGCGCUCUGGCGCCAGCUCAGCGCCGCCUUCCUCUGCGACCGCGACGACGGCGAGCCCGUGCACCACGACUGCUACCCCUGGUACCACCUCGACUGCCCGCACAACGUCGCCGCCGCGGAGGACCUCGCCGCGGGCCUCAUCGCGACCUGCGUCGCGGUCGCGUCGGCGACGGCGCCGCGCCUCGGGACCUUCGAGCACGCGUACGCGCCGCGGCGGCGGUUCGUCACCUGGCUCGAGCAGCUGCCGACGGUGACGCACAGCAUCGUCGCCAUGCCGCCCUACGGCGACAAGUCCGUGGAGGAGCUCCGCCACGAGGACUACCUCAUCCAAAGGCGCGCCGACCUCGCGCGCCGCGCGCGGACGGACCCGACCGACCCGACGGUCGCGACGCGGCUCGGGGCCGUCGAGCUCGAGCUGACGAAGGCGACGCAGGCCAUGACGGCGCGCAUGCCGCCGCCCUGGGCGCCGCUGCCGGAGGACCGCGCGUACGGCCUCGGCGCGGGCGACCGCGUCGACGGCGUGCUCGCGCCGCUCGUGCGCUUCCUCGACGUGGGCCUGAGCUUGAGAGAGGACGUGCCGGGGGCCUGGCCCGCCCACACCUUCGCGGCGGCGGCCCUCGCGCUCGUCGAGCGCGCCUACGCGUGCGAGGCCGCCAAGGACGUGAUCCAGGAGGAGGACGUGAUCUGGGACGUCGCGCGGCUCCUCGGCGACGACGGCGUCCCCGACGACGCGUGCCCGGCGCGCGCGUCCGCGCGGGCCUACGCGCGCGACGCGCUGCGGCUCCACGCCGAGGCCGGCCGCGGCUUCGCCAUGCACGCGACCCUGGCCCUGCGCCAGGCGGGCGCCGUCGCCGUCGACGCCGACGGCGUCGACGGCGUCGUCCUCCGCGACGCCGGCCGCGACGCCGCGACCAUGGAGCGCGACCGGGAGCGCGACGGCGCGAUCACCGCGGCGAUCAUGAGGGCAUCGCUCGACGUGCCCGGCAGCCUGGGCCUGAUCGACGCCUACGACGACGCCUACGGCGGCGGCGGCGACUGGGCCGCGCGCGCGGCGCGCUGCGCGACGGAGCUCACCGAGGCCCUCCAGGCGGCGGACGCCGACCCGACGGAGCUCCUGCGCUGCGGCGCGUUCGAGGCGCUCGCGCGCGUCGCGUGCCACGCGGCCACGCCGACGGUCGUCGUCGCCGAGGCCGGCGCGUGCCUCGCGUGUUUCGUCGCGGAGUCGCGCGAGGACGCCGCGCGGACCUGGGCGCGCGCCAAGGGCUGGCGCUUCCUCGUGCGCGCCGUGCGCCGCGUGCGCCGGGCGACGGAGGCGAAGCGCUGGGGCGACGCCGUCGCGCCGGAGGACGACGACCGCCUCAAGCUCUUCGCGAUCCUGUCCGUCGUCGCCGCCUGCGCCGCCGCGCGGCCCCCGGAGGCGGACGCGGACGACGGGGACGACGGCGCCCGCGACGCCUGCGCCCGCGAACGGUGCGUCGACGAGCACGAGUACGCGGACGUCUGCGCCGCGCUCCUCGAGGCGACGCGGCCCGGCGGCGCGUGCGCCGAGGGCCCGCCGCUGUCCGCGGCGCUCGCCGUCGUCCUCGAGUGCAGCCUCGUCGCCCCGGGCCGGCCCGUCGUCGCGCUCGACGCCGGCGCCGCGGGCCCGGCGCUCGCGGCGCUCCUCGGCAACGGCUUCCCCUUCGAGCCGCCGCCGACGUGCCGGCUCGGCCCGGAGACGCUCGCGCGCCUCGGCGCGAAGCGCUCGGACCUCGCGACCGUCGGCGCCGCCGCGGCGGCCGUCUUCUGCGGCCAGGCCUUCGACCCGGCGUGCGCGGCGCGCGAGCCCUUCUGCCAGGCCGCGCCGUCGAUCCGCGAGGGCACGGCCCUCGUCGACGACGGCCUCGAGUGGCUCGAGCGCGCGGGCGGCGCCGUCGCCGCGCUCUUCUCGGCGCUCCGCUGGCAGGCGCCGGGCGCGCCCUUCGCGGGGCUGCUGCUCACGGCCCUCUGCGAGCACGACGCGCCCGACGACGACUACACCUUCGAGGGCGACGACGUGCCGCCGAGCUUCGCCGUGAGCCGCGCGCUCUUCGCCAAGGAGUUCGAGCGCGCCCGCGACGAGUGCGCCUGCUCGGGGCCCCGGCCGAACCCGAACCACAUCCUCCGGACCGUCGCGCGGACGCGCGGCCCCAUCGACGCGCUCCGCGACGUCGAGCGCAAGGGCGGCUUCGUCGCCGCGCGCAUCCUGCAACGAAAGCUCACGGGCCACAAUCCCACCGUCGACAAAGAGGAGCUCCGGGAGCGCGAGGCCCAGGCGGAAAGCGCCGAGGCGGAGCUGCUCGCGCUGCUGGACGACGAGGAGGGCGCGCGAGCGAGGACCGCCGCGGCCAAGAAGAAGAAGAAGAAGAAGAAGAAGGGGGCGGCGGCGGAUCAGGCCGAGGUCGGGGAGGUGGAGGGAAAGGACACCACCGGGGGUGCGCGCGACGAGUCCACCGGCGCGGAGCCGCCGCCGCGGCGCGAGGCCGCGCGCGAACCGAGGCCGCCGCCCCAGGGAGCCGGGGCUUCGGACGACGACGACGACGACGACGAUUUGCUCCUCCUGGCGCGCCAACCGACCGGCCGACCGGUUCCCAAGCCCGCGCCGAAGCCGGCCGCGCCCCAAAAGCCCGCGCAAAAGCCGAAGCCGAAGCCGACGCCGGCCGCGCCCAAGGCCGCGCCGAAGCCGAAGCCGACGCCGGCCGCGCCCGCGGGCGACGCGGAGCUCGCGCUGUUGCUGUCGCGCGAGGAAUACCUCGCGUCCGAGGAAUACGCCGCGUCCACGCCGCCGCCGCCGAGGCCCGCCGCGCCCGCGCCGCCGCCGCCGCCGCCCGCGCCGCCGGCCGCGCCGCCGGCGCCGCCGCCCCGGAGGGAGACGACGAGGCCGCCGAGGCCCGCCGCGCGCGCGGCCGCGCCGCCGCCGCCGCCGACGACGGUCUCCGGCGUGCUCGCGCGCGUCGGCCUCGGCCACCUCGAGGCCGUCUUCGAGGCCGAGGAGGUCGACUUCGAGGCCCUGGGCCUGCUGCGGCCCGACGACUUUGCGUCGCUCGGCAUCGCGCCCGCGGACGCCAACGCGAUCGUCUCGGCCCUCGCGGCGCCCGUCGAGGCGCGCUUCGCGCCGGCGCGGCGCGGCCGCCUCUCGGGCACGGUGCUCUGGUUCAACAAGAGCCACGGCUUCGUCCAGCCCGACGGCGGCGGCGCGGACGUCUUCGUCCACUUGAGCGACGUUUGUGGGGUUUUGAAGGCCGGCGACCGCGUGCUCUACGACGUGACUCGCUUCAAGGGCCGCGACAAGUGCGUCGACGUCGUCAAGGCCGGCGCCGGCGCCGCGCCCGCGCCCGCGCCCGCGGCCGCGCCGCCGCCGCCGCCCCUCCGCUGCGACUCGCUCCCCGACGAGUUCACGUGCCCGAUCAGCUUCGAGCUCAUGGAGGACCCCGUCAUCGCCGCGGACGGCCACACGUACGAGCGCCGCGCGAUCGCCGCGUGGUUCGAGCGGCGGCGCACGUCGCCGAUCACGAACGAGGCCCUGCCGAACCUCGACCUCGUCCCGGCCCACGCGAUCCGCUCGAUGAUCGCGCGCUACCGCGCGACGGCGUCGUAA